UUCCCCUUCUCUCUCUCCCAAAUUCUCUGUGCCUCAGAUUGAUAGAGCUUCGUGACUCUUCUUCUUCUUCUUCUUCUUCUUCUCCUCUCUGUAUCCAGAAUGCUUGCUCGGCUUGCUGGGAAGCGUCUUCUCGAGAUCCGUCAUGCUUUCCGUCAAUCUUCUUCUCAGGCGGCGUCUCGGAGCUUGUCGACGGCCUUAAACUACCACAUUGAUUCUCCGGACAAUAAACCCGACCUUCCAUGGGAAUUUUCUGAGGCAAACAAAUCAAAGGUUAAAGAGAUACUCUCUCACUAUCCAUCCAAUUACAAGCAAUCCGCAGUUAUCCCUCUUCUAGAUCUUGCACAACAGCAGCAUGGUGGCUGGCUCCCUGUCUCAGCUAUGAAUGCGGUUGCUAAAAUCAUAGAAGUUGCUCCUAUCCGUGUUUACGAGGUUGCGACAUUUUACUCUAUGUUCAACAGGACAAAGGUGGGAAAGUACCACCUACUAGUUUGUGGCACAACACCUUGCAUGAUCCGUGGUUCACGAGACAUUGAAGCUGCACUGCUGAAGCAUUUGGGAGUGAAACGCAAUGAGGUUACGAAGGAUGGCUUGUUCUCCGUAGGGGAGAUGGAAUGCAUGGGAUGCUGCGUGAAUGCACCAAUGAUCACAGUAGCAGACUACUCUAACGGAUCAGAAGGAUAUACAUAUAAUUAUUAUGAAGAUGUUACACCUGAGAAAGUUGUGGAGAUAGUUGAGAAGUUGAGAAGAGGAGAGAAGCCGCCGGCGGGAACUCAAAACCCGAAGCGUAUAAGGAGCGCACCAGAAGGAGGAAACACGACUCUUCUUGGUGAGCCUAAGCCUCCUCCGUGCAGGGAUAUUGAUGCUUGCUGACAUCUCUCAACCCCCAACCGAAUGUUGGUUCAAUAAUCCCAAGGCUUUGUGAUUGUGACCGAGUCGAUACCCUACCUUAACUCGGGUGAGUUUUGAAUCGCAUUAAACUCGCGGGCCCUCUUUGUUUUAAAACUCCUAAACCAGAUUUCUAAGAAAAUGGACAGACCCCCCAGGGAAUUUCAGAGCCUUUUGUCUGUGGUUUAGAGCUUAUGUCACCUGCAAAAAUUGGUGUGCUACAUGCAUUAAUAAACUGUUUUCUCUACUA